CAGGGUUUCUAAUUGAACGGGGGGGUAACCAUGACCUGCUGUGAAGGAUGGACAUCCUGCAAUGGAUUCAGCCUGCUGGCUCUACUUCUGUCGGGCAUAGUUCUCAAUGCAAUACCUCUGGUUGUCAACUCAAUUGAUGGAGAUGAGUAUUUCCAAAACCCCAUCUCUUGUUUUCAGUGGUGGUUCCCAGGAAUUAUAGGAGCAGGUUUGAUGGCUAUUCCAGCAACGACAAUGUCCUUGGCAGCAAGAAAAAGAGCAUGUUGUAACAGCAAAACCGGAAUGUUCCUUUCAUCAGUUCUGAAUGUAAUCACAGUCAUUGGUGCAGUAUAUUGCAUGUUGGUAUCUAUCCAGGCUCUCUCGGAAGGUCCUCUCAUUUGUAACUCUCAAGGCAACAGUACUUACAGUUGUGAAUUUUCAUUAAAAAACUUAAGUGACAUUCAUCCAGAAUCCUUCAAUCUGCAGUGGUUCUUCAAUGACUCUUGUAUGUCUCCUACUGAUUACAAUAAUCCCACCAUCAAUGACACCAUGGCCAGUGACGGGAGAAAAUCUAAAUUACACUUCAGUUCUGAAGAAAACAAAUAUAGGACCAUCCAUUUCUCAGUGUUUUUAGGUUUACUGCUUGUGGGAAUUCUUGAACUCCUGUUUGGGCUCAGUCAGAUAGCCAUUGGUUUUCUUGGCUGUCUGUGUGGAGUCUCUAAGCGAAGAAGUCGAAUUGUGUAGCAUAAUGGUAAUAAAAUAGAAAUAUGAGCAGUUGAAUCAUUUGAGAAGUACAUUUUAAGACACUCUUAGAAGCUAAAAGCUCAGUAAGGGAACAUUAUCUCGAAAACUCUAUGAGUCACUUUAGUACAAAAGGUUGUUUUUAAAGUUACCUUUGAGGUGAUUAAAAAAAACUCAACCUUUCAUAUAUAAAGUGUGUUGGUAAAGGUGUAAGUAACACUUUCACAUGGAAAGGAAAAUCAUCAGCGGUUGACUUUGGGGAGAGGUGGAGAGAAGCUUUCAAUUUGUUUUGUAUCUUUCUGCACUUCCUGUACUAUUUGAAUGUUGAAUGUUCUGGCUCUAUAUUUCUGUGUGUGCAGAAAGGGAGGGGGAAAAGGAAGAGAAAGAAGGGAAGGCAGGAGGGCAAAAAGGAACAAAAGUUACUCUGGAACUGAAAGUCUGGGACCUUUUUAUUGUAUUUGUUUAUACUUAAAAAAAAAAAGAAAAGAAUAUAUAACCUGAAUGUAAUCAAGUUUUUGGACCGAAUUUCCAGUUUACAGGUAAUCUGAGGGAAGAGGAGAUACUCAAAAACUCCAAAAGGCGGGGACAGUAAGCAGACAGUAACCCCAUUUUCAAGAACAUGUGUAGGAAAA